AUAGCAGUGUUUAUAUUUUUACCACAGCUGCUGCUGCACCACAAGCAUGCAAUGACAGGCACUACCAUUGCUCCUAUUGGGCGUCUACGCGCCAGUGCACAUUGAACAGAGCCUACAUGCAGAUGAAUUGCAGGAAAAGUUGUCAAUUGUGUGGUUCGUCUGCCAAAAUUACAUGCAAAGACAAUAAUCAGUUGUGUGGAUAUUGGGCAAAAACUGGUCAAUGUUCUAAAAACCCUGCCUACAUGCAAUUAAAUUGCAAGAAAAGCUGCAAACUAUGCCCACGAAUCGCCAGCAGCAAGAUUAAAGCCCGUCCUAUCAAGUCGAAAAAGCAAAAACCAAAAACAGUAGUCAAGAAAGUUGUGAGUAAAGUAAUUAAUGAACAAGUUUGCGGUAUCAGAGCCAGAAGUCGUGUUGUUGGAGGCACCCAUGCAAAGUACGGUGAAUGGCCUUGGCAAGUCGGGAUUGUCAACCAGAAGAAAUUUGGAGGAGACCGCAGAUAUGUUAUAUGUGGGGGAAGUUUGAUCAAUAACCAGUGGGUUCUCACGGCCGCUCAUUGCUUUGGGAGACCCAGAAGCACUCCACUACAGAAUGAUUUCAUUGUGAGGAUUGCUGAGCACGACCUGAAAACUGAUGAAGGAUCAUAUGAUAAUGACAUCGCUCUAUUGAAGCUUGCUAAAAGAGUCAAAUACACUCAAUUGAUCAAGCCUGUGUGUCUUCCAGAAGCAAACAAGAAAGAAAGGGCAGGGCAGAGUUGUACUGUCAUCGGCUGGGGGAGAGUACAGGAAUUUGGUCCUACUUCAAAAAUACUCAAAAAAGCUCAGAUUCCAAUCGUACAGAGAAAAAAAUGCAAGGAAACGCUUCAGAAACAUGGAUUUUUCACUGACAAUAUGCUGUGCGCUGGGUAUAAAGAUGGAAAAGUGGAUGCCUGUUCGGGAGACAGUGGUGGACCCUUGCUUUGCCGAGAAAAUCAUCGAUUCGAAUUGACGGGUAUUGUUAGUUGGGGUACUGGAUGUGGAAGACCAAACGCUUAUGGAGCCUACACAAAAGUCAGCAAUUACAUCAACUGGAUUAUAAGGAACAUCAAGAACAAUCGAUGAAGCAUAAAAGUACACUGUUUUUAACUGAGAAUAGCAGGUGCAUAAGUGUUAAGUUUAAAAAUAUAACAAAUGAUACAGGAUUUGCUUUAACACAAAGAGCCUCCACGACCUUAUUUUGGCAUUUAAUGCUCGGCCAUCAGGGUCCACGCAACAGAGGGGGCAAGGGGACCUAGGAGCCUAGGGGCCAUGGCCUUCCCACUUUUUCAAUAAAUGAAAGACUAAAAUAAGCCUGAAGUAUUUAUAGAGACAAACGUUUAGAUUACAACAAAUCCAUUGCAAUGAUAUCCACAAGUAAAACUGCGUAAGCAAAAUGUUUGCCUCAAUGGGAAUUGACAGGGUAAAAGGUAACAGGAAACUUGUUUUUACAUUGAGGGACCGUUCAGUUUUGGAUCAGUGGCGUGGGCCCUUGAUGUCUCUGAAGGAUGGCCAGUAAUUUAAUUAAUAUUUUCUAUUAUUCUCCAUACGAUAUCUCCGCUGCAAGUCCUCUAGCGACUUAAACUCUGUCAAUUGUUGUUCCCAAACUUUCACUUGCUAAUCGAAUAGUCAGGUAACUUGAUCAUUGUUGCAUUCUUU